AGGAGGAGGACAGUGAAGGUCAGGGGCAGCUCAGUUUGGGACGUGGCCGGUCAAACCCAGUUAGACAAACAAUAAACGUAAAAUGGGAUGGAUCCAGGCUUAAGCUGUCUGGCCGUGCCUCGGCCCGGUCUGCUGGCGUAGGCACUUUUCGUGUCCUGUGCAUCUCACAUUGGGAGUUAUCAGAGCAUACAGGCAGGGUAGCAUUACUAGUAACAGUUCGCCAGAGAACGCAGAGGGUCCCGAAUGUGACCUGAUUUGUCAAUUUGAUGACUUCUCAGAAGCAUCGCUCCACCGGGGGGGAAUCAUCAGCUUACAUCUGGAGAGGUGGACUCGCUGUUUAGUGGUUUUUGUGCAAAGAAAAUUGAGGCGCAUAAUGGAUUUGUCAGGAGUGUAAUUUGACAUCAAAGCGAAACAUCUGAGGAGCACUUAAUUGUCUGCCUCAUUAUGGCCUACCCAGAGAGCUUUGAUUGGCUGAAAGAGACCGUCAGUUUGUUGCCAGGUUUGCCAGGGUUUUCCAGCAUGUUUGGGAAGAAGAAGAAACGGCUGGAGAUCUCAGCUCCGUCUAACUUCGAGCACCGGGUCCACACGGGCUUCGACCCACGGGAGCAGAAGUUCACCGGCCUGCCACAGCAAUGGCAGAGCCUCCUGGCAGACACUGCCAAUCGGCCCAAGCCCAUGGUGGACCCCUCCUACAUUACCCCCAUACAGCUGGCACCAAUGAAGAUAUCUCCCAAGAAAGUCCGGUCAUCCGAAACGCCGUUGCCCAAAACCAUUGUUCGAGGGAACCGGCCACCCAAAGAUGCAUCCAUUAACGGCCUGCUGGAGGAGUUCGACAACAUUUCGGUAACACGUUCCAACUCCCUGCGUAAAGAGAGCCCGCCAGGCCCCCAUCAGGCUGGAGGCAUCUCCAAACCCUCGGGCAGUGGCCACCUCACUGCUCCAGAGGAGAACGGAUUCAACCACUACUACUCCCGCUACUCGUGUGACCUGGACACGUCCAGCAGGGACUUUUCUCUGGACCCCGGCAAGCCAAGCUUCUCCAUAGAUGGGGAUUGGGCACUUGGCAGGCACUAUCGAUUCACCAAGCAGAAUGGCCACUCACACCCCAUACGCAGCCCCUUUUACCCUGAUGCCAUGCCUCAGAAAUCAGACUAUGGCAAACUUCCACCUGACUAUCACACCUAUCUGGAGAGCAAAGGGCGGUCGGCGGAUGAGGUGGCCUCUACGGUGGGUAGCGGAGUAGGUUCCAGCGGCUACUACCGGGCAUCGGUGGGGGGUUCAUCCAGCCAGGACUACCGGGACACAUCAGUUGGCACACCGUCUCGUGCAUCACUACACAGCGAGCAGAUUAACUACCCCGACAGUGAGUGGAGUUACGGCGGCAUGAGGGACGAAUAUGAGAAGCGACCCAAGAGUUCCUACGUGACCCAGACCAGCCCCACGCCUGCCAUCAGGCAGCGAUCUCGGUCAGGCUCUGGGCUGCAGGAGCCAAAUGUCCCCUAUGCCGCCAGUGGGACUUUCAGGAGCCCGCCACAGGCCCACCCGUACAGCUCCUACACCUACCCUCGCCUUUCGGAGAGUCUCGCCAACUCACAGACUUUAACCAAGGGCGACUAUGAGCGUCCGUCACGCGAUGACAGUCCCCAGGUCGCAGGUGGUGACACGUACCCCCGAGGGCCUCUUAAGCUACCUCAGAGCCACACGAAGCCGCCUGGCUACCCCUCGGUGCACCUGCCGUACCCCCCGAUCUUUCACCAUUACAAACCCUCUCCUUACCAUCAUCCUCCCUCCCAGCCCAGUCCACCAUAUACCCCGCAGGGGGCCUACUCACAGCCUUCGUCACCUUACGUCCCCCCAGGGGCUUAUCCGCCUCCUUCCUGGGGGUCGAGCUCUGACACGCAGCCCUCCAGAGUUUCUCAUGAGCAGUUCAGAGCAGCACUUCAGCUGGUGGUCAACCCUGGCGACCCUCGGGAAUACCUGGACAGCUUUAUUAAGAUUGGCGAGGGAUCCACAGGUAUUGUUUGCAUCGCCACCGAGAAGCACAGCGGAAAGCAGGUGGCAGUGAAGAAGAUGGACCUCAGAAAACAGCAGAGAAGAGAGCUGCUUUUUAACGAGGUGGUGAUCAUGAGGGACUACCAUCAUGAAAAUGUUGUGGACAUGUACAACAGUUACCUGGUGGGAGACGAGCUUUGGGUCGUCAUGGAGUUCCUGGAGGGAGGGGCACUCACUGACAUUGUGACUCACACCAGGAUGAACGAGGAGCAGAUUGCUACGGUGUGUCUGUCGGUGUUGAAGGCUCUGUCCUACCUGCACACACAGGGCGUCAUCCACCGUGACAUUAAGAGCGACUCCAUUCUCCUGACUAGCGAUGGCAGAAUCAAGCUAUCAGAUUUUGGCUUUUGUGCCCAAGUUUCCAAAGAGGUACCCAAGAGGAAGUCCCUCGUGGGCACACCCUACUGGAUGGCACCAGAGGUUAUCUCAAGAUUACCUUACGGGACUGAGGUGGACAUCUGGUCUUUAGGCAUUAUGGUGAUUGAGAUGGUGGAUGGAGAGCCCCCUUACUUCAAUGAGCCCCCUCUGCAGGCCAUGAGAAGGAUACGAGACAACCUGCCCCCACGGCUAAAGGAGUCCCAUAAGGUGUCAACCGUGUUACGCUCCUUCCUGGACCUGAUGCUGGUGAGGGAACCGUCCCAGAGAGCCACAGCGCAGGAGCUCCUCCAGCACCCCUUCCUAAAGCUCUCGGGACCCCCUUCCUGUAUCGUUCCCCUCAUGAGACACUACCGCCAUCGCUGACCUGCUGACUCAAACCCCAGCCCUCUCCUCCACUAAAAACAUUCACAUAAACACACUACCAGGGUGGCACUGCCCUCACCCAGCCAAAACACCCCACUGCUUGGUGGUGUGCCACCAACUUUCACACCUGUAACCGUGAAGUAGAUUAGCUAGAGGAAUAUCUAAGACAUACAUUAAUAAAAAAAAAUU